AAAGAAACUCAAAAGUGGCAUGGAAAAAUGGAGAGACAGAAAUCAACAGUCCCUCUGUUUUAGAGAACCAAACACGCUUUCAUGUUUGCUCGUUGCCACCAUUUUCUCACUAGCCAGACAGAAAAUAGAAAAAGAAACAAAAACCAAAAACAAAAACCUUGGUCAUACAAAUCCAACAGAAAAACAAACAACAACCUCAAAUUCAAUCUGGUAUGUCCCUUUCAUGCAUUAUUAUUCCCAAAACCCAUCAAUCAUCUAACUAUAACCAUGAACCUCAACUCUCUACUGUUCAUGAAACCCCACUCUCUACUGCAACGCCAUUUCUCUCAUCCAAAACCGCCAUGGGUUCAAUCCCUCCACACCUCAGCCAUACAAGAAACUUCUAUUUCCGAUGAAGUAUUCACCGUUAUUAAAACUAUGAACCCAAUGGAGCCAGCUUUAGAACCCAUGGUCCCGUUUCUCUCACCAAAAAUUGUUACCUCUAUAAUCCAAAACCCACCAAACCCUCAACUGGGUUUUCGUUUCUUUAUCUGGGCAUCAAAUUUCAAGCGUUUUCGUGCAUGGGAAUCUUGUGAUUUAAUCACUGACUUGCUCAUUAACCAAAACGGGCUUGAGUUGUACUGUCAAACACUUGAAGCUCUUAAAAAUGGUGGCAUAAAGGUGCAUAACGAUGCAUUUUUUGUGUUGAUUAAAGUGUAUUUGAAGAUGGGUUUGACUGAUAAAGCUAUGGAAACUUUUGGGUCAAUGAGGGAUUUUGAUUGCACGCCUGAUGUUUACACUUAUAACAUGAUUUUGGAUGUUUUGAUUCAAAAGAAUUUUCUUUUAUUAGCUUUAACUGUUUAUACUAGAAUGAUGAAGUUGAAUUGUUUGCCGAAUGUAGCUACAUUUAGUAUCUUGAUUGAUGGGUUGUGUAAGAGUGGCAAUGUAAAGGAUGCACUUCACUUGUUUGAUGAAAUGACACAAAGAGGUAUUUUGCCUGACGCCUUUACGUAUUGUGUUGUUAUUUCCGGGUUGUGUAGAUCCAAGAGGGUUGAUGAUGCUUAUAGAUUGUUUGAUAAGAUGAAAGAUAGUGGGGUCGGUCCUGAUUUUGUUACUUGCAAUGCUUUGCUUAAUGGGUUUUGUAUGUUAGAUAGAGUUGAUGAGGCCUUUUCUCUGUUAAGGUUGUUCGAGAAGGACGGAUAUGUGCUUGAUGUGCGCGGGUACAGUUGUUUGAUUCGUGGGUUGUUUAGAGCCAAGAGAUAUGAAGAUGUGCAACUGUUGUAUAGGAAAAUGAUCGAGGAUAAUGUCAAGCCUGAUGUUUACUUGUAUACAAUAAUGAUGAAAGGGUUAGCAGAAGCAGGGAAGGUUAGGGAUGCGUUGGAGUUGUUGAAUGAGAUGACAGAGAGUGGUGUGGUUCCUGAUACUGUUUGUUAUAACGUUUUGAUCAAAGGUUUCUGUGAUAUGGGUCUUUUGAGUGAGGCUCGGUCACUACAACUUGAGAUUUCUAGGCACGAUUGCUUCCCUAAUGUUAAAACUUACUCCAUUCUCAUUAGUGGUAUGUGUAGAAAUGGUCUUACCAGGGAUGCCCAAGAAAUAUUCAAUGAGAUGGAGAAGCUUGGAUGUUAUCCUUCUGCAGUUACAUUCAAUUCCCUUAUUGAUGGACUUUGUAAAACUGGCCAGCUCGAGAAAGCUCACCUUCUGUUUUAUAAGAUGGAGAUAGGGAGAAAUCCUUCUCUGUUUCUUCGUCUUUCUCAGGGGCCCAGUCAUGUUCUUGAUUCAGCAAGCCUACAAAAAAUGGUGGAGCAAUUGUGUGACUCAGGCUUGAUUCAUAAGGCCUACAGGAUUCUCAUGCAACUUGCUGACAGCGGGGAUGCACCAGGCAUUUAUACUUAUAACAUUCUGGUCAAUGGUUUUUGCAAGUUAGGCAACUUUAAUGGUGCUUAUAAACUCUUCAGGGAAAUGCAAUUCAAGGGGCUCUCACCUGAUACUGUUACGUAUGGAACUCUUAUCAAUGGGCUUCUACGGUUUCAACGCGAAGAGGAUGCCUACAAGGUCUUUGACCAGAUGGAGAAGAAUGGAUGUACACCUGAUGCUGCAGUUUAUAGAACAAUGAUGACUUGGAUGUGCAGGAGAAUGGAGUUGCCACGAGCUUUUAGUCUCUGGUUGAAGUAUCUCAGGAACAUUCGUAGCCAGGAAGAUGAAGCAAUUAAAGCUAUAGAAGGAUACUUUGAGAAGCAAGAAGUGGAAAAGGCUGUUCGAGGCUUGCUUGAGAUGGACUUCAAGUUAAAUGAUUUUGAUUUAGGUCCAUAUGCUAUUUGGCUAAUUGGGCUGUGUCAAACAAGAAGGGUAGGUGAAGCUUUGAAGAUAUUCUUAAUCCUUGAAGAGUACAAAGUUGUUAUUACACCCCCUUGUUGUGUGAAAUUGAUAUAUUUUCUAUUGAAAGAAGGGGAUCUAGACCGUGCAAUUGAUGUUUUCCUUUACACCAUCGAGAAAGGCUACCUGUUGAGACGACGGGUUGCCAAUCGAAUACUGACAAAACUUGUCCGUAGAAAGGGUGAAAUGGGAAAGGAUCGUGCCAUUUAUCUUCUAUGCAGAAUGAAAUCCGUGGGAUAUGAUUUGGAUGCUCACCUUCUCCCUUGGACGAAGUCCCUUUUACAUCGACAUAAUAUACAGGAAAUGGUAAACGGUGUCCCUGAGAUGAACUCUGGAUGCGUGGAAAUGCAAAACAGCUAUGGUAGAGUUGGGCAACCAUGGAAGCCUACAGUCAAACAACGGAGAAAAAUGUUUCAACUGGCACGAAGAAAAUAUGCCGGAAUGAAAAACAGCUGACACAAAAGAAAUAUGCAGGAAAUGGAAAACGGCGUCCCUGGGUUGGACUCUAUACAUGGAAAUGCAGAACGGCUAUGGUAGAUUUUGGCGACUGCAGAUGCCUGCAGUCAAACAAUGGAGAAAAUGAUUUCAAAUAACACAACAGUAAAAGAAAAUUCAAGAAGCCGACUGCAUCUAGAUCGAGAUUGGUGUUUAGUUGAAUCAAGUGCAUUCGGACGGUUGAGCUUUUUGCAUGCUUAAUUUUCGUAUGUUCUGUUCCAGACGCAAACCUGUUGUAAAACAUCGCCCAUAGGCAACCGCAGGAAGAGAUUUUUUUUUUUCUUUUUACAGUUCACUGUAAGAAAUAAGAGCCUGAUUUUUCUGUAAUAAGAAAGUGGACGACACAGUUUUCUGUGCAUCCCUAAAGUUUUGUACCAUAUACACUGAUAUUUUCCCUGCGAUACUAUUAACUGCACAAAAGAUACUCAAA